AUGGCAAAACGUAAAAAAUCAAGAUCAAAACUUCAACAAAAUGUUGACAGUAACGAGUCAACCAAAUCACCUAGCACACAAAAUCCACACCAGCCGACAUAUGUUGAACAGGAAUCAACUCAGUGGUCUACUACUCACCAAGAAGUGGAACCUAACACUUUCAUACAAGCACCAUAUGCGGCUGAGGUUACUCAACCACCAAACGUUAAUCAGCCAACUUAUCCAGGAAUCCAACCAGAAUUACUUAACCCCGUUAUAGAAAAUUCACCAAUUUCCACCUUAUCGUUUUCUUUGGGGAAUGCCAGUUUUUUUCAAAACAGACCUGCUAACGAGCAAGUAUUGUUGAAUAAAUUCAGAACUGAAGUUUUGGAAAAUGAAACAGCUUCCAGGACAUUGAAAUCAUUGCAACCGGAAACUCAAGAGAAAUAUCUUUAUCAAAUAAGAAGGUAUAUCUCCCACUGUGCAAAUAAGGGGUUGGAUAAUUUUUAUGUAACUUAUUCUUUGGUAAAAGAAUUAAUUGAGGUGGAAAUCGAAAAACGAGGACAGAUUACCGAGAACACAAUAAAAAGUUUGAGAUCCUCCAUAAACAAGCUCUAUCAUAUGAAUAGAAUUGUCUAUUCUAUACAACAACCAUAUUUAGUUUUAGGAGAUAACAUAGUACAAGAAAUCAUGAGUACCCACAAGGAUAAAGUGCAAUCAAUUAAGCAAAGUAGUUCGGGAAAGGGAAGCAGCUCUUCAUCUUCAACACCCUUAACUUCUCGCUCAAAUACACUGAAAGAGCUGAGUGAAACCAAUACGGAAGCUACAAUUUUUUCGUCAUUGACAAAGACCUCAUUUGAAAAGGAUAACGAUAACGAGAAUGAUGUUGAAGAUCUUGAUGGUGAUAUUGUUGCGGCUUCCAGUGGUGUUGAUGCGUUCAGAUUAAGUGAGAGCUCGAAAACUAAAUUAACUGAGGCAGAAGAGUACUUGUUAAAGAAAUUCAAUCAAGAAGUUCUUGAAUCAGAAAAUGUAUCUACGAUUCUUAGUAGUUUAACCCUCAAUACAUUCAAAUCAUAUGCUACCGAUAUAAAAAGAUUCAUCAGGUUUUGUGCUCGUCAUGGGAAAACCGAUAGUGUUAUUGAUGAAGAUAUUUUAAACAAAUUUUUAGCUUUAUCAGUUGAUAAAAGUAAGAAGAGCAAUUCAAAGAAAUUAAGAACUAGCUUAUUAAAAUUACAUCAACUUAAUUGUGAAGCGUACAAUCUUGAUUAUUCUGAAGGUGACAUCGUGUUUUUAAUCAACAAAUAUUUGGACAGUUCGGGUAAUCAAGAUGAGUAUUUGCCACCAACUGAUACGGGUAAUCAAAUGGACUUGAUAGCCAAAUUGGAAGAAAUGUAUAUAUCCACCAACGAGUUUGAUGGAUUUACCGAAGCUAAUAAAAUUUUGCACAAAAAUGAGUUUAAGCGCUAUGCGUUAUUUUGUUCCGGACAAGGUUUGCAACAUUUUCAUGUUACUGGUGAAACGGUGACACAAUUUUUCAUCACCGAGAUUGUUAGUCAAGAUUCAAAUAUCCCGGUGAAAAAAUUACGGAAAAUUUUGAAACGAUUAUUAAUUUUACAUAAAUUAAAUGCUGAAAUUUUUGUUGAUUAUCCAUUAGUGGUAGAAGGAUUAGAAACUGUUGAGGAAUUUUUAACUAGUCAUAAAACGAGACCAGGUUUUAACCCCAGUGGAUCCAGCAGCACUGAGGCAGCAAGUAGCAGUAGUGGUGGAACUGGUGCAAAUACAUAUUCUGGUGCUACAUCGUCAAUCUCGUCUUUAACAGCAAAUGUUCCACCUUUAUUUUUCAACGAUCAAGGUGGCACAGGAAAUUUGUUGUCAUCGGAACAAGCAAGUGGCAGUAGUGGUGGUGAUAAUUUCAAAGACAACCCUGCCCACGUUAGACUGCCACUUUCAAACGAAGCCUUAGAAAAUGAAAUGUUGCAACUCGAACCCAUCCCACCUUUUGAAAAGGUAGACAAGAGUUCAAAAGCUAUUGGAGGACCCAUUGAGGAGAGUGGCGACGAUGAUGACGAUGACGACGAUGAUGAUAAUGUAGUCGAUGUUCAUGCAAGCGAAUUUCCUCCAGCAGUUAAUUUAAACCCUGAAGAUGACUCUGGAAAUAAAGAUGAAGAAGAAAGUGAAGAGUCUCAUUAUCAUUCUAAGCGUCAAAAAAUAGAGAUCUUACCAGAUACAAACGAUCUUAUUCCUGCAUUUGUCAUGAAUAGCAAUAUAACUACCGUCACCCAAUUGGCCGAAGAAUGGACUUUGAUUGUCAAACGGACCAAGAAAUGGGGUCUUGGUUGGAUCAAAAAUCAAUUGGAUUUUCAAAUAUAUACCAGCAGGAAAGUGAUUAUUGAUUUUAUUGAACAACUUUUACCAGAAUUGAGUGAAGACAAUAGCAAUAAACCAAUCAUUGAAGUCGAUGAGGACUAUAUUUAUGAUAUUGUCAAAGUGUUUGACCAGUACAUGCUUAGAAAAGAAAUGGGGUUAAAUGAUUUAGUUAGAAAGAUUGAGGCAAACCCAAUCUAUUCCAAAAAGGAAUUCUUAAGAAUAUUGACUAGGAGAAAAACCACCAGAUCAUAA